AUGAUGAAUUACUAGAAUACUUUGUAUCAGGAGUAGCAAGAGUAAAUUUUCAAAACAAAAAUGAAAUUCUUGCCGAUAAUACUUUUAACAAAAUAAAAGAUGAAAUAAAAAACACAUUGGAUCUUAAUAAAUUAGCAGAAAAUGGUCCAAUCGAUAAAGAAAUUCAAAAUGCUAAAUUAGACGAUAAACAGAAAGAACAAUUACAAAAACUUCGAAUCGAUCAAGAAACAAUAGUUCUAAGAUAUGAAACUCUAAAAAAUAGAAUUAACAAAGAAACAAAUGUUGAUAAACUAAGAGAUCUAAAUUAUUGGCAAAUACAAAUAAUCAACAGAAAUUUACCAAAAACAUUAAAGGAUGAUCUUGAUAAAAAAAGAAAAGAAAGACUCGAUUACCUUGUUAAUCAAAUAAAAGGUUCAGAUUUUACACUAGAAGAUAAAAACAAUCUUGAUACAAUAAGAGAAAAUAGAAUCGAUGAACUUAAAAAAACAGAAGAAUCAAAAGAUUACAAUGAAAUAUGGAGUGGAAUAUCAAGAGAAACAUCGUUAGAUAAAUUAUAUACUAACGAAUAUUGUAAAGGCAGAAGAACCAAAACCUUACAACAAGAAAGACAAGGAAAACUCAAUUCAAUCUUGAAAGAAAGAGAGUUAAAAAAAUACGACGAUUAUGAUGAAUCAAUUGAAAAAUUUUUUCAUUGGAAAUAG